UAAAAAUAUUUUAAAUGUUGUGCUUUACUAACAUGAAAAUAACUAAGAAAAACAUGCAAUUUAUCCCUCCUGCCAUCAAAGCUCUGACCAAAUUCGUUAAAGUUACGUGGACAGAAAUGGCGGAAUGUUUUUCAGCUCAGUAUUUAGGAUUACCAUAAAUAACAAAGUUAUCAUAAUCUUUCAUUUAUCGCGACAAAAAGGACUAAUACUAAAGCUGUGCCGUUCAUUUGAAAAAUCAUUUGAAUGUUUUUUUCAUUAUUCUUUUCAAAACCAUAUAAAAAUAUAUUCUCACUUAUUGAGUUGAACUGUGUUUCCCACCAUUCUGUUAUGCAUAUUUCUCUAUUGAAGUUAGUUAACAGCAUUUUGGUUUUUUUUUCUGUACCUAAGACUUAAAAUACUUAUUUGUAUCUCAGUUUAGUUUUUACUAACUUAAAUUUCCUUCAUUCAUUUGCGGUUUUGCAGCUGAAGAUGGUGGUUCGGUAAAACCAUCGAAACUAGUCCUGUGAAAACUUUGUAAAUAUAACGCUGAUUUUUGUUGUUUGAUUUCUGAAUUAAAUUUCCUACUUUAAAUUUCUGCUUUGUCCAUUAUUCAUAAUGGUAAAUAUUUUUUCAACAUUAAUACUUUGAUACAUUUAAGAAGAAUUCUGUAUCUGUUUAUCAGCUAGAGGCAUUCUAUCAAACUGCCUCACAGUUUUUGUAACAGAAACUCAGGAUACUGCCUCACUUUGAAUACAACAAAUAUCAGUCUUGAUCAACAAAUUGAGUAAUCCAGCUGCAUAGUUAACUUGGCAUUCAUGAUAUUGAUAAUGCUUAUAGAUUAUGAACAGUAAUUUAUGGUUGAGUGGUAAAAGCAUAUUCGUAGGGUUUUUUUUUUUUUUUUUAAUGGAAUAAAGUUAUUUUAUCAAAACAAUGGGGUGACCAGAAAAUGUCAAGAAACAGUAGUGUCCCACUCAGAAUAGUACAUAUGGUCAGACUACUUUGAUGUGAAAUUAAGACUCAAGUAUGCAGUGUUGAAAUCCCAUUUGAUGUUUUAAUCAUACAGUAAAGUUGAAUUGUGUAAGCUUAAAGAGUGAUUUUGCCUGUUUAAAAGGAAUAUAUUAAAAGAACAUUCAACAUGACUUCAAAUGAACAAGGUGAAUUAGAUAUGCUACCUCAUGUAGAAACAAAUUUUUAUGUUGGUCUUGGUUUGGCAAUAACCUCAAGCAUAUUUAUUGGCUCAAGCUUUGUAAUUAAGAAGAAGGGGCUCUUGCGCCUUACUGUCCAGGGUCAAACAAGAGCAGGUCUUGGUGGGCAUGGAUAUUUAAAAGAAUGGAUUUGGUGGGCUGGCUUAUUAUCUAUGGGCAUUGGAGAAGCUGCUAAUUUCGCUGCAUAUGCUUUUGCACCUGCUAGCUUGGUCACCCCACUUGGUGUUCUCAGUGUGCUUGUAAGUGCUGUAUUAUCAUCAAAAUAUCUUGGUGAAAGACUGAAUUUACUUGGCAAAGUAGGAUGCUUUUUAUGUGUUAUUGGUUCAACAGUUAUUGUUUUGCAUUCGCCAAAGGAAGGAGCAGUUGACAGCAUGGAACAACUUGGACAGCUGCUAUUUGAACCUGGUUUUGCUAUCUACAUGGUUGUAAUACUCUUUUCAUCAAGCUUUCUGAUUGUGUUUUGUGUACCUAAGUAUGGAUCCUCAAAUGUUGUGGUGUAUAUCUUGAUAUGUUCUGUUAUAGGAUCAUUAUCUGUUAUGGAAUGCAAAGGCAUAGGUCUGGCUUUGCGUGAAACCUUUGGUGGUGGGAAAAAUGAAUUUUCUAAUUGGCUUACUUGGUUUUUUUUAAUAGCUUUGAUUAUAUGUAUCACAGUGCAGAUAAAUUAUUUGAACAAAGCCUUAGAUACUUUUAAUACAUCAGUUGUUACACCUGUAUACUAUGUCUUUUUUACAACAUUCGUUAUUUGUGCUUCAGCUAUUCUUUAUAAAGAAUGGGUUAAUAUGGUUGCUGAAGAUAUUGUUGGAAGUAUUUGUGGAUUUUUAACUGUUAUUUGUGCCAUCUUUUUGUUGAAUGCAUUUCGUGAAUGGGAUAUAUCACUUGGUAAUAUAAGUAGUCUUCUUCAAAAGAAAGAACACCCAGUCAGCAACAGCCAUAGUCAGGAAAAUGUCAGUACUUCUAUUUUAAUGGAUCGCCAUUCACUUCUGAGUAAUGAGACUUCAGGUUUAUUGGAAAGGCAUUCAAGGCAAAACAGUCUUGAAUCUCGAUCUUUCUCAGCCUUACAGAAUGCAUGUGAAGGGUCAUAUAGUUCAUUAAUGUCUUUUACAGGCAAAUAGGUAAUUAAUCUUCAUGUUCCUAGACAUAUUGGAGAAUUCAGAUUAAUUCCUUUCAUCUAAAUCUAUUAAUAUACAUGAACUUUGUUAACAAACAUGAAAAUUGAAACUGAAAGUUGUUUUCUGUGAUUAUGUUGUUCUUAACAGAGCUGAAUUACAUUUAUAAAAUGACCAAAACAGUAAUUUGUGAUGUAAAUUUGAAAAAUAUUAUAUGUAAAUUUGCAAUCACAUUUACUUCAACGACUGACAUUUUUAUUCAUUUAAGGAAAAUUUAUUGUAAAUUUUCUUUUUAUUGUUAGUCAUGUGUCAAAAUAAUUUAUAAAUUUAUUAUUACUACACUGUGAACAUUUGAGUUUAGUAGAUUCACACACUGUAACCUCGCCAGUUUCUUUAAAGAGCUUAGAUUAAACUCAAAACAGAUUUAGGAAUAUGUUAAAUAAGCUGUAGUAUGGCCUUUAUGUCUGGGUUCUUCUUUAUUUAUAUUCCUCACAUGUACAUUUGACUUAUUUCUACUAUAAUGAAGGUCAUGCAUCAUGAGCAGUAACAAAAUAAUUAGAAGCAAAUGUGCUUCAUUUUGAAAAAUUGCAGACUCUUAUAUACCUGUGGAAUUUAUAAAUGAUAUUCAUAGGCCGAAGGAUUGCAUUUAGGGCUGUUUAAAUUGAGAAUUAUUGAUUUGUUGUUUAGAUAAGUAUUAAGUAUAUAUGGGAAUUUAUUUACUUGGGAUUCGACCUAAAGCAUAUGCAAGAAAGAGAGAUGAGUAUAGGAAAUAAUUAAUAUAAUUCAGGCUUAACUUCUGCAGUGUAAGACAAAAUUUCAACAACAUGUCUGUAUAGUGGUUGAUAGCCAAGCAUUAAGCAUAUGCUAAACCUAGUUGCUGAUUCUGAGAAAUUUUAAGUUGAGUCAACAUAGCAAACUGCACUGUUCCUUAACUGAGCUUAUUAUUUUUUUUUUCAGGCUAGUAUUAUUACAGCAAUCGUAUUAAACAUAACGUUUGAAUUUUUAUUAUGUUGUAAAGCAUUUCUAAUUUUAGAGAUGCAGCAGGAUCUGCAAAGCAAAAGUAUGUUUCAGUGUCGAUUAAGCAAAAAGUGGAAUUGCUGAAAAAAAUAGAAGCUUUUUGAAUUUUUUUGUGGAUUUUUACAUCCUACUCAAUGAUUAAUAGAAAAAUCAUUCAAUAUGCUGAAAGUGACCAUCAUGACAAAAUGACUGAAUGGUUGAGAUCAUGUCACAGUGACGGUGGAUGAGAUAGUGUAGCAAUAUCAAUGGCUUAAGUCAGAUUAUUUCAUAAGGAAAUGAACUUAUUUGACAGGUUAGGUAGUCAAAUUUAAAAUAUGAAAAAGCUUCAGCUGAAUUAUUUCCAGAUGUAUUGGUUAAACUCAUUAAUAGUGAAAGGUUAUCUCCAGAACAAAUUUACAGCACUAAUGAAGUAGUCUUUUCAGCCAAUAUGUAAUCAAAUGCAUUGGAAACCCUGCAGAAAAGGUCCCCAACUGGUGUUAAAGAAUCCAAAACAAGACUAACAAUUUUGGCAUAUGUAAAUACUGCAGAAAUGUUCCCCCCCCCCAAUGGCAGAUUGUGAACAAUUACAAAUGUAACCUAGUCCGUUAAUCUAUACAAGGCCGGAUGUGGUGGUCUCUUUAUUAUGGAGGCACCUAAUAGGUAGAUCACAUCGCCUUUCCUACUGUAGGAAUGUAUAAACAUAAAAUUUCUGUAAUCAGAAUAAAUGCAUGUCCUCGGGUAUUUGGGGUCAUCCAAGAAAUUUCUGCAAUUUUUUAUGAUAAAUACAAAUAAAGCAGUACAAUAACAUAAAAAAAAAUUGUGGAGUCGGAUAAGCACCAUUUUGUUCUGUGAUUAUUUUCCAUUUCUCCAGCAGCUGGAAAAUUCCUUUAAAAAAUUCAUUAGAUUUAUUUAUAAAAAAGUUAUUGAAGUGCUGUUUGAUAGUCUCCAAAGAAUUUUAAAGUGAUCUCAUGAGAUUAAAAUUCCAGCAUGCAAGGUCUAAUGAAUAUAGGAGAUGACAAAAAAUCCCAGCCAUAUUCAAUUAAGUCUUUGUCUGAGAUUCAUGGAAAUGGGGGAUCAAGUGUUGCCAUAAUGGAAGACAAGACUUCAACCAUUGGUCAAUUAUGGGCAUUUUGUUUCAAUUUCUGCUUUUAAAACCUCAGAACAGUAUUUUUCCGAAUUUAUAGUCUGAUUUGGUGAGAACAAUUCAUACUGUACAACUGCUUUGUAGUCUGACCACAAAAAAAGCCUCCAUCUCAAUGUUUAUAAAGGAGGUUCUUUUGGCUCAUCCCAUGAUCUUUUCCCUCCAACAUUAUUGUAUAAUAUUCAUUUCUCUAAUGAGCUGUUUGAAGAAAGGAACUUCGUUUUUUUUUUUUUUAAAACAAAAAACCACGCAAACUGCAAGCAAGCAUAUUCUGCUUUGUUACAAUCAUAGCAGAUUGUGCCUAGUCUUCUUCAAAUUAUCAUGUACUGCACUUUUUGGGAUAUUUUGAGUGUUGGAUAGUUCCUGAAAUGUAUAACUUGGAUAUUCAGUGAUAACUUCUUUUCAUAGGUGAUAACUUUGUUUACAGAGGAUGGUCAUCCAGAGCAGGCAUCAUCUUCAAGGCUGAAAUUUCCAGGCUUUUUUAAGUUUUCAAACCACUUUUGAACUGUGUCAUCAGAAACAGCACUUUUUCUAUAUAUACCACAAAUUCCAAAAACAGUCUGACUGUAUUCUUUAUUUAUUUUUUUUUAACUUUAAAAAAAAAAAUAAUGUGACAAAAAUGAAGUUCUGGAUUCUCCCUCCAUUCUUAGCACUCUGAGACAAAAAUUAUGCUACAGCAGAUAAGUAGAUGAAAAUGAAUUUUAGGGGUUCUUUAUUCUUAGCCCUCAGAUGAAACAAAUUAUGCCAUACUGCAUGCUAGAAUUAUGCAGUGUGAGCAGAAAAUACUGUAUUCAAACAUCUAUAAUGAAGGUCAUGCAUCAUGAGCAUUAACAAAAUAAUUAGAAGCAAUCAAUAAUUAGAAAUAAUUAGAAGCAAUGCUUCAUUUUGAAAAAUUGCAGACGUAUGAAUAUACCUUUAGAAUUUCCGUAAUCAUAAAACGCGAAAUUUCCAUAAUCAGAAUAAAUGCAUUUUGCACAACAUGAGCAGAAAAGACCAUAUUUAAACAAUUGCUCUGAGCAGUGUCACUCCGUAUCAGCAGAAAUAGUUAAAAGAAAACAUACUUUGAUUUGAAAAACCACACAACUUUCCGGAUGACCUAAUAUUUUAAUAUAAAUUUUGUAAGGUCAUCAGAGGAUGUCUGCAGUUUAAAAUGCUUGGCAUACAUAGUUAAUGGCCAGCUACCAUAUUUCAUGAUGCUAAUGAUAUCCAGAAAUCUAAAGAAUUUCUGAUAUUACAAGCAAAAGCUGAAAUUUUCCAAUUUUUAGACUUAGUAAAGAAAUGUCGAAAUGUGGCUAACUAAAGAUGAUAUAACAGAAGUUUUACAUUCUGCUGGUUAUGCCUCAAUCAUCAGUCUACUAAUGGACAGUGAAAUUUGUAUUAUUGUUCUAAAUCCAGAAAAUAUCUCUACCAGUAAUGAAGGAAAUGAUGAAUAGGUUAUUGAGAAUGAAAAAUCUUUACUGACAUUUUAAUGGGAAUUCUGGACUUCUCAGUUACACUGUGGAACUUUGCAACUAAAUAAGAAAUUGUCUACCUGUAAAAUCAAAGAGAAGGUAUUAGCACAAAAAAAAAGCAACUUACAUUUGCAUUAAAAGACAGGUUUAAUAGCACUAACCGAUAAAUACUGAGUUUUCUUUGGGGGGGGGGUAAGUUUUAACUAUAUCUCAAAAACAUUUCACACAAAUACUAGGAUAUCAUGAUUGCAUUGCAUGAGAUUUUGUGUGAUGGAAAACAACAUGCAGAAUUUCCAGCAGAAAUAAUAAUAAAGAAUGACGAAUAUUUUUUUCAUUAAGAGUUAUUGAAAAUACAUAUUUUAAAAAUUAUUCUUUGAUAACUUCCUGAGUUUUAAUUCUUAACAAUUUCCCCUUCUGUGAGCUUCAGGGUGUCAAAAAUUAUAUAUACAUAUGUAAGAUAUAAAAUAUGAAAGAAAACUAAUAACUUAGCAAUAGUCCUUUUAAUUCAUUUUAAUUUGGCUAAAUCUCCUUCCUGUCUUUAAACUAAUAUAUGAACCUAAAUUGCAUCCUGUGAAAAUUAGUCCAUAUUACAUAAUAAUAGCAUUGCAGAUACAUUUUAUCCAAUGAGAGUUUAUCUAUCUGUUGAAAUUUUUGUGACUGAAAAUAGUUAAGAACUGAUUUGUCUCCAGUGAUUUCUUCGAACCAUCAAAUGUUCUUAUUAUUGUAAAUCACAAUGAGAAGUAAAUUUCAUAUUAUUGGUAAAAAAAUUCAGUACUUGCAUAUUAUCUCAUCAACUGGCUAAGUAACACUAUUUAGCAUCAAUUAUGGAUAAUCAUGACCUUUAAAAUUCCACAGUAACGUUUGGUGAUUAGCGAGGGUUGCCGAAAUUUCCACCAACAGUCAAAGGGAUAAUAUUUAAGUACCAGAAAUUAACAAACUUCUCUGCUCGUGUUAAUUGACAUGACAAUAAUUAAAAAAUGUAUCAUUGCAAAUUAUAAAUUUGUAGUGUCUGAGAAAGGCUUGUCAAUAACAUCUAUAUUUUCAAUGCAGAAUUCUGAAAAAAAUAACUCAUGUCCUUUGAUGAUAACCUUAAUCACUUCAUAGCCCUCAAUCCAAUUUUAUUUGAGAAGUGUAACUACAGGAAAUAUUACAUACUAAAGUAUGAAUCUCUCUUUAACUUCAAAUAAAAGAUGCAUGUAAUAGUUUGUACAGUUGUGCUAGAAAAUUCCAUGUUAAAAUAGUCAUAUAUUUCUUUUAGAGAAAGGCAUCAUAACAAUGUUUUAAUAGAAUCGUGAGGUAAUUCAUCACUUUGAAGGUAUGUUACUACUCGAAAAAUACGUAAAAUAAAACAAAAAAAUAUAUCGUUACAUAGACAAGCUGCACUUGUCCGAAACUGUCAGAAAGGGGGGAAAAAGUGGAUUUUGAUGGGAUAAUAAUGGUAUCAAAAUUUUCAGUUUUCAUUUAUGAUACAGCCAGAGCCAUUGUAAAACAUUAGGCAACUCUAGCAUUGUGUAGUGAUGGCAGAUUAAGAAGGGUGUAAAAAUCGAAAAAUAUUAUGUAUAUUUCAUAUAUUUUGUUAAUAUUUUAUUAAGUUCAAUUUCAUAGAAGCAUAAUACUUAUGUAUAAAAUAAUAAAUAUAUAUUUAUUCAUACCUA